UUCGAUUUUCUUUCGUGUCGCUCAGUUUCUUCAUCUUCCUGCAAUCCCUAGCAAUGGAAGCCUCAGCAACACGAAUGGAGUCCGUUCAGUGCUUCGGGCGGAAGAAGACCGCCGUAGCCGUCACUUAUUGCAAGCGUGGGAGAGGACUAAUUAAGAUCAACGGCUGCCCAAUCGAACUGGUGGAGCCUGAGAUCCUCCGUUUCAAGGCUUACGAGCCCAUCCUCCUUCUCGGGAGACAUCGUUUCGCCGGCGUCGACAUGCGUAUUCGCGUCAAAGGUGGUGGGCACACCUCCCAAAUCUAUGCUAUCCGCCAGAGCAUAGCUAAAGCUCUUGUAGCCUUCUACCAGAAGUACGUGGACGAGCAGAGUAAAAAGGAGAUCAAGGACAUUUUGGUCAGGUAUGAUAGGACUUUGCUUGUGGCUGAUCCUAGACGCUGUGAGCCCAAGAAGUUCGGUGGUCGUGGUGCUCGUGCCAGGUUCCAGAAGAGUUACCGUUAAAAAUUUGAUUUGUUUUUCAUGCUUCUGUUAUUUCCAACGACUUUUUGAGGUUGCGCAAUUUGGGGUUUUUGAAGGGAUAUCUCUUCAUAGAUCAAGUACUUAAUUUUGUUAUCAGGAUAAUUUAAUCUUUCAUAGUUAGUUUAUUUGACUCCUUAUAUGGGAAUGUGUUGAAUGUUUUUCGAUAUAUUGUUGCUAAAUGCUAAAUGUUAAGCUUUCUUUUUCA